AUGCUCCCUCCUAAGAGUUAUGUUUUUGAAAAUGCUCAAGUCUAUUUCAUUACAGAUCAUUGUCCAAAUCCGGUGCAGUCUGAUUGGAAAAUAAAGAAAAUGGAUAUUCUAACAACAGAGGGCAGUGCAUCUUCUGAUGGUCUUGUCGGAUAUACUGGGUUUUUACUCGUAUUGGCUUCGUUCACGCUUAUACUAGGAGGUGUAAUUUGCUGCGCAAGAAUAGCCUUCAUGUACUGCACUUUUCGGAGGCGAAGAGAAGAAGAGCUGGAGCGAGCUCGACGAACGGCUACCACAGCAACGGAAACCGAGCAGGGUCUCUCCUACCCACGAGCUUGUGGAAUUGCAAAUCACGCAUUCGAUGACCCUCCUCCACGAUAUGAUCAAGUCUACAAAGACGAUGAACCUCCUCCAUUGUAUGAAACUCUUGGGAAUUACGGAGGUGCUCGAACCAACUCUGCUGCAGAAAGAAGAACCCCAACAACAGCUAAUGAACAGAUCCCUGGAAGAGCACCUGAAUCUAGAGCACACGAGCGAGCACCAUCUUAUAGCGUAUACAUUCCCCCUGAUUCAAGAUCGGCUCCACCUAGACAGGACAGCGUUAGUGAUAUAGCGAUCCCUAUCUCUACUACAUCACGACAAAUACAAAACUAUAUGGAAGAAGUACGGGAGCGGUUCUCAGGAAAUGUCGACUUGUUCAUAUCAAGCCUAUCUAUUACGACACCGCCACCUACUGAGCAUCGACCAACCUGA